CAGAAACGACAGUAGGUGGCGCUGUUUUCGCUUCAUAACUAACAGUGGCGCUUAAUUUUAUUUAAAAUUAGAGCAAGUUGAUCGUUUCUCCGCAGGUGGAGCGCUCGGAUGGAGGCAGAGCCGGAGGACCAGGAGGAGGAAGAGGCGGCUGCCGCCAUGCUGUGGUCCAUCCAGGAGGCUCUGGAGAGGCAGACCCAGCAGAUCGGAGCGUCGGCCUGCGGGGCCACAGCGGUGGUGGACGUCCUGAAGGCCCUCGGAGUGGAUGUUGCGCCGGAAGAAGCUGACCGCUGCGUCCAGACCCGCCUGAGGAGGAACGAGUCUCCGCUGCCAGACUACCUGCUGUCCCGCAGCGAAGCAGCGACCGGUCAUGUUUACCUUCGUCCAGGUGCGACUCACGCUCAGCUGAUCCGAGGCGCUCAGGAGGCCAGCGGCGGGAAGGCCGUCGGCCGCUUCUUCCACCUUUAUCCACGGCGGCGCGUCAGGUUGGUUUCCUGGCUCGCACGCUGGAUCAGGAAGGGCGCCGUUCCCGUGGCGACCAUGAACAUGCAGGUGGCCGUGCCCGAUGGCGAGGAGGUGCCCGACGCUUGGCACCAUCAGCUCAUAUUUGGAGUGGCGCCCAGAGCCGUUUUUAUGACCAACCCUUUGGAUGUAGUCGGUGAGGUCGAAGUUCACCAGCGACUCUGCAGCCAGUCGGUGCUGCUGGUUCGUCGGGAAGACGUUCUGCAGAGAUUAACGCCCGACGGUCCGCCGUCCGACCUCUCCCAGAUUCAGUCGGACCCGCGCUGGUGGAAGCUGGACGUCGAGGGUCAAGUGAGGCGGAUGAUGUUAGAGGAAGAGCUGGAGGACGGGCCCAGGACGGCUCACGUCAGCAUCCCCGCAGCGUACAGUUCAGGGGUCACGCUGUUUGCGCUGACGGGUUCAGACGUGGCUCAGCAGCUCCUCAAGGCUCCUGAACUUCCUCUGCUGUGACGACGGAAAAACCGACUGGAGAAAUGCUGGAAAGGAAAGCAGCUCUCUGAUUGUUCUCCUCCAGUCAGCUGGAACGCUGAUUAUCUCAGUUCAUUUAUUUAUUUCAGAAGCAAUAAAAGCUUCAACUCCAUCUUAGUUAUGAGACUGAAAUAUGGAGUUGGAGUUAGUGAGCUUCGGUUCAUUUUCUGCUCCGUUUCUUCCACUAAAGAUGUAGAAAUGUCGCAUCUUCUGCUGUUUCUCCGUCAUGUUUUACAUGUAAUAUUGUUACAAUACUAAUAAUAAAUGUUUUUGUGGAA